GUUUGAUUAUUAUCAAUUUUAUUGGUCGUUUUGCAAGUAAGUAUAAAAUUCAGGGGAGUAAACAGCCAACGACCACGAUACGUAGACUAACAGAGGAAGUUUAACUGAGGGGCAAGUUGACUUAUGUUUGAUAAUUUUAAUGGAUUUUUGCUUUUUUUCCUGCAAAUUUUAAGGAGGUAAUUACAUGAUUUUACAAUUUUAUUCCUCAUUUUACAACGAUUCAUAAACGGCAAAUGGGUCUUCAUAAUUCUAUCAACUAAGCCAAACCCUAAAUCAAGCUGACCGAAAUGAGGAGAAACAACCGUCACACAAGACAAAGGCGCUUAAAGAAAAGGAAGAAGAAUCCACCGCAUCUUCCUCAUGAAUUGGUCAUUCAAAUUCUGCUGAGUCUACCUGUGAAGUCUCUUACACGUUUCAAGUGUGUUUGUAAGUCUUGGUUCUCACUUAUCUCUCAUGAUGCCCACUUUGCAAAUUCACAUUUUCAACUGCAUGCCGCAACACAAGCACAUAGAAUUGCGAUCAAUUCAAAUUCAGUUCCUGAAAUUAGAUCUAUUGAUUUAGAAUCAUCAUUUAUCGAUGAUUCUGCUUAUGCAAAUCAUACUUUUUUGCCUUAUUCUGAUCUUGAACUCAAAUGUUCAUGUAGAGGCUUUAUACUUUUGCAUACUUGCUCAGAUAUCCACCUAUGGAAUCCAUCCACCGGAGCUCACAAACAAAUACCUUUGUCUCCUAAUCAUUUUUCUUUAUAUUUCUAUGGUUUUGGGUAUGAUCAGUUAACAGAUGAUUACUUAGUGGUUUUAUUGUCCUAUGACUCGCACUCACAAUCCCCUAAUAUUUUAUCACACUUGGAGUUUUUCUCAUUGAGAGAUAAUGUGUGGAAGGAAAUUGAGUGCACUCAAUGCCCUUAUACAAGUACCUUUAAUGAUAAUCCCCAUGCAGGGUCACUCUAUAAUGGGGCUAUUCAUUGGUUGGCUUUUCAUCGUGAUUUCCAUCCAUGGUAUGAUAAUGUCAUUGUUGCCUUUGAUUUAACGGAAAGGAAACUGUUAGAGAUGUCUCCUCCAGAUGAUUUGGAACAUAUUCCUCAGGAUUGUGGUUUGUGGGUCUUUGGAGAUUUUUUCAGUAUAUGGGCUGCAAAUUAUGCUAAUGAUACAGUUGAAAUAUGGGUGAUGAAAGAAUAUAAAGUAAAAUCCUCUUGGACAGUGACUCUUGUUCUUCCUAUUGAUGGCAUUCCCACUAUGUACUUUUACCCAUUGUGCUGUACAAAAAGUGGCUAUAUUAUUGGAACAGAUGGUGAAUUUGGAUUGGUGAAGUAUGAUGACAAUGGAGAGUUGUUAGAACAUUCCUCUAAAUGUGAGGAUCCAUGUGGUGGAUCCCAAGUAGUUGUCUAUACAAAGUCUCUGCUUUCACUUGGUGACAAUUAGCAGGCAUAGGAAGAUGACAUAAACAAGAAGAAGGAGGUUUUGAAAUAUUCUCCUUUACCAUUUUCUUGAUAUUUAUGUUUUUUUUGUACUCUCGGGUGGCUGCAUUUGCGGGGUAGUAUGUGUUUGAUUGCAUUUAUAACAUGAGCCAGCAGUAUGUCACAUGAGCUGAUCCAAUAUGUCAUGAAAUGUUUAUUGUUUCACUAUUUUGCAAUAUGCUUAUUGGAAAUAUUGACAGCUUUGUUUGUGUGACUCAUUUUCAUUUUUGCAUGUAUAACUUGAUUGAGUAAUACUGAUGAAUGUUGUGGUCAAUGCUUGAAAAUGUUUUAUAUGGAGUUCAUGCAUGUUAACCUGAACCAAAAUCACAAUUACACAACUUUGACUAAAAAAAUUGGAAUCCAAAAGUAGCUAACAAAGCGGGUGGAAAAAAGGAAAACAUUUAAGUAUUAAAUGAACCAUAUUACCAUUGAGUUGGUGAUAGAGUUCAUAUAUACAAUAUUGAAAAAUACUUUGUCUUUACUGAAUAGCUUAAACUUUUGGAAUAGUUUGUUCAUGAAGUAGUAUCACGGGCUUUGAUCAAGUAGUUUUGAGUUUGAUUCUUGUUGUGUAUUGUCGAUUAUUUUCUGUUGUUCCAGGGGUUCUGUUGUAUAAAUGAUAAAAAUUAUACUCCUAUGCUCGGCUUCAUGUAUAGCUUGUUUGAUCUGUGUUUCUUUUAUACAUAUUUCGUGUGUUGUGAAGUUGUUUUAAUGCGCGUUCCUUUUCCUCCUCUGUUGCAUUGUUUUCAUGAAAUUCCACAAUGUCAAUGCUUGAGGUCAUUAAAAUGCCCCUAUUGUCAGUAAUCUUCCAACAUCUAUUUGAAGAUGAGAGAUGCAAGAAAAGUUCCCAUGGAUGGUUGUGAGUGUGGAAACUCAACCAAAGAAGCUAAACUUGAGAGUGUGGAAAAUUGACCAAAGAAGGGAAUUGGAAUUGUGUUCAUAUUGAUUUGAAAAUUUUGUCAAUAGGAAAUCUAGCUAUUGGAUUCAGUUGAUUGUAAUGUAUACUGAAGCAGAUGCAAAUCCCUAGUGGACGAAAUGUGAAGCUGUGGAUGAUUAUCUGUGAUCAGAUAUGUUGAUAAAGCUUAAUAAUUUGUCACGUCCUCUGGUUUUGUUCUUAUAAGUUUCACUGGUAUAUAUAGCUGUAGUACAGAGAUUGAACAUCAACUUCUGUCAUUUGUCAGAGCAUGAGUUUUGUUUUUAAUCUCUACAAAAAAGUUCUUUGAGUUGUAUUCACAAAUGACUAUUAACUAAAAGUUGGAAAUGAUUCAUUCUA